ACGUGACAUGACAAGAAGGACGAGACGAAACGAGACAGAAGACGGUACGAUAGGAUACGUUAGCAAAAUACUCGGUGAUAAUCAAAUUCGACGCCGGAAUAAGAGAGAAAGAGAGAUAGAGAGAAUUUUGGAUUGUGCCAAAGAAAAAGAAAUUUUUCUUUCAGAAAUGGGUACGCGCGCAUAAUAUAUAUGUAUAUAUAUAUGUAUAUAUAUAUAUGUCGAAGAAAGGAAAAGAUAGACACGUCGUUCAAUUAAGAGGAGUCGUACAGAUUCGCGUAGAGUAGAUGCGCGAAAGAGAGAGAGAGAAAGAGAGAGAGAGAGAGAGCACGUUACAGUUUUUUCCUCUCACUCACUCGCUCGCUCUCUUCUCUCCUUCCCGAAAUUUGGUUCUCUUUGUCUCGCUCUCUCUCUUUCGCGCAGAUUGUAUCGGAAAGAAGAGAGGGGAUUGGUGGUUUCUGGCGAGAGCGAGAAGCGAGCGAGAAGCGAACGUGGAACGGUCAAGAGAGCGCGAACAAACCGCGAGUUAGCGAGAGCGAGUGGGUAGGCAAGCAGGCAGGCUGGCAGGCACGCAAGCAGGAGACAGGCUGGCAAGCAGGCAGCUCGGCGGGUAGGCGAACGACGAACGAACGGACGAACGAGUGUGUGUGUGUGGUGUUGGUGGCGGAGGGGAGGGGGAGGAGGUGGAGGUGGAUGUGGAGGUGGCAGUGCUGUCGUUGUGGUGGUGUUAGUAGUUAGUAGUAGUUGUCGUCGUCGUUUGCGUCUUCGCUGUCGUCGUCGUCGUCGUCGCCGUCGUCGCGGUGGUGGAGGUGGUGGAUGUGGAUGAGGUGGUGGUGGUGGUGGUGGUGGUGACGACUGGUGCCGUGGACGGACGGACGGUCGGUCGGUCGGCGGUCGGGUCGUGGUGUGUAAAGAAGUGGAAAAUUCGCAAGUGGUGUGUGCUGGAUUGGCCGAGUUGGUUGGUUGGUUGGUUGGUCGGAUCGGUCGGUCGGUCGGUCGGUCGGUUGGUUGCUUGGUGUGUAUGUGUAUGUGUGCACGGUGAUAACGUCGGGGUAGCGCCGCAAGGAGGAAAUCUGGCUGUGCGUGCGUGCUUUUAGAUCGUACAGGGGUCUGUUGCUGCUGCUGCCGCUGCCGCCGCUGCUGCUGCUGCUGUUGCUGCUGCUAACAAGGAAGACAUCGCGAGAACGACGACGCGUGGAACCGAGCAAAAAAAGGAGCGCGAGAGGAGAAAUGUCCGAUCGGGAGAGCCUGGACGAUCAGCCACAAAGUCAACAAAGUCAGCAAAAUGAGCAGGAGCUGGCGACCAAAAUGUUGCAAAUACAAAGCAAACGAUUCUACCUUGACGUGAAGCAAAAUAGACGCGGAAGAUUUAUCAAAGUAGCCGAGAUCGGAGCGGACGGAAGAAGAAGUCAAAUAUAUCUAGCACUCAGCACAGCAUUCGAGUUUCGGAACCAUCUGUCAACGUUUAGCGACUAUUAUGCAUCGUUAGGUCCACCUAAUCCGGAAAAUGUGCCGGACGAUGGAAAAUUGAAAUCAGAAAUGAUGGUCAAGGACAACAGGCGGUAUUACCUGGAUCUCAAGGAAAAUUCUCGUGGUCGUUUCCUGCGGGUGAGUCACACUGUAUCACAAACGAUAACACGGGGAGGACCUAGGACGCAGAUUGCGAUACCUGCGCAAGGUAUGAUCGAGUUUCGUGACGCGUUGACGGAUCUUCUGGAAGAAUUUGGUACCGAUGACGGAGGCUUUAAAGGUGAUCUACCUGAUGGCCGCUACAUGCGUGUUGAGGGGAAGAAUUUUUAUUUUGAUAUAGGUCAAAAUAAUCGUGGUAUCUAUAUGAGAAUUUCUGAGGUCAAAACGAACUUUCGAACAGCGAUAACCGUGCCGGAGAAGUCAUGGGCGCGUUUCCGUGAUAUAUUUGCGGAUUACUGCGAGAAAAUGCAAGAAGGUGGAGGAGCAGGGGUUGGCGUUGGUGGUAUGAGCGGUGGGAGCGGUGGAAGCGGUGGGAAUGUUCUUUCAGAAGGGAAAGGCUCGGUAGUGGCACAGGUGUCCCAGUUGAAGAAACCUAACAACAACAACAAAAGCAAAAUCGAGAAACGUCAAAGUGAUCAACGGCAGCGUAAUGAAAGCUUGAAAAGACGAAAAUCCUUACCCCAACACGGAGAAACAUCAUCCACCGUUAAUCUUAUCAAAUCCAUAUCAGUUUCCGUUUCCCAGUUACCACCAACAACAACAACAAUAACCGCAAUUCCUACAUUAACGGUCCCAUCCGUCAUCGAUUCAUCAUCUCCCAAUGUAAUAACUACGUCAUUAAUAUCCACUACAAUUGUUGGACAAAAAAGUAACGUAACCGAUGGAAAUGUUUCUAAUAAUUCGGCUAACAAUAAGUCCUCUUGCGAUAUGCAAGGUUUAUUGCAGUUCGAACCUAUCGAAAUUUAAAUUCUUCGCGCGUUAGUAGAUUAUCGAAGUUCGUUUGUUCUCUUUCCGCAUAUAGCGCUAGCAUCGGGUACUAUAUUUCCGCGCAUGCGCAUUAUCAUAUUUCACUAAUUGUGCGCGCGUAAUUAGUUUCUACGUUUGAGCUGACUUUAUUCUAUCAUUUAAAUUUACUUAAAUUUUUUGCGGAUGCUUUUAAAAAAAAAAAUCAUUCCAUUGUUUUCGAUGAUACAAAGAUUUCUCGUUCAUUAAUUAAUUAAUUACAAAAAUUUAGAUCUUCUCUUGGAGAUCUUAAGAAAAAUAAAAAAAAAAAAAAGUCAAGUUGAACACCGUUCGAGUUCAUAUUUUUUAUAAGUUUAUUUUAAUUCAUGAUGCUUCAUGAUAUUCAUAUGUUUAUCAUACGUUUAUUUUCUUCGUUCACUUUUUAUGAUAUAAAGCUUCUUACAUAGAUUCUAAUCGGUUUCUUUAGAUGUAUUACUCUUUAUUGUUCGAAAAAAUCGAUGUACGAAUACAAACAAAAUAUAAUUUGGUACUUUUGUGACAAAUUGAAUACCAACGAGUGAAAAAUAAAAAUUUUAAGAGCUGUUCUUUAUCA